AGCGACACUCACCGGAAACACAACAAAAGCUAUCGGCGGUGAUCAGCUUAUCGUAUGUUUAUCUGCCACUUGUUUUUAAUCAAAGAGAAACAUAUUCAUAACCGAGUUUUUGUUUGUUUGUUUGUUCGUCGGUUUAAGCCGGUGAACAUGUCGGAGUCUGGGGAGAAGGAGCUCAACGGAGAGAAGAGAGACAGCACGAAGAAGAAGAAAAAAGAAAAACGAAGCGCGAAGAAGAAGAAGCAGGAGAGGCGGGAAAAAGAAGGAGAACAUCAGCAGGUGGAGGAGGAGGAGGAGGAGGAGAAAAGUGAGCAUGUUGUGCUGCGUGGGAUCUUUAAACUGGGGAAGAAGAGUCACGAUGUCCUGCUCACCCGGACAAGGCUGACAUGGAUCCCCAUCACUCCAGAGUCCCCCACAGGUGAGCCGUGCGUGCAGCAGCCAGGUGUGAUGCCGUUGCGGGACGUGUUUGCAGUGAAGGUGAAGCGGCGGCGAGCAGUGGGCCAGCAGUCGGGGGGACCCGUGCUCGGCGUGGCUCUGUUCUGCUGCAGGAGGAGAGGAAGGAGGCUAGAGGAGGACACGCUACACCUCCACAACGCCUCCGCAGAACACACACACAUGUGGUACAACACUCUGAAGGAGCUGCUCACAGUGUCCAGCAGUCGGCCCCAGUUUCUGAAGGUGUUCAUCAACCCGAGCAGCCACAAGAAGGAGGCCGUCCACAUCUACAGAGAACAUGUGGCUCCGCUCUUCAAGAUGGCUGACGUCCGCACUGACAUCACCGUGACUGAGAGGAAGGGUCAUGCUCUCUCAGUGAUGAAGGAAUGCAGGCUGGAUGAAUAUGACGGGGUGGUGUGUGUCGGUGGGGAUGGGUCGGUGGCCGAGCUGUGUCACGCUCUGGUCCUCAGGGCUCAGCUGGAUGCCAAUUCUCCAGAGCAACCAGUGAAACCAGUGCUGCCACUUGGAAUCAUACCUGCUGGUUCUACAGACGUGGUUUCCUGUUCUGUACAUGGAGUCAGAGAUCCAGUCACUGCAGCCCUGCACAUCGUGCUUGGUCACCUGCAGCAGGUGGACAUGUGCAGCUUCUCGUCUCUCGGUCAGUUGGUGUGUUUCGGUUUCUCCGCCAUGUUUGGCUUCGGGGGGCGGAGCUUAGCACGGGCGGAGAAGAAAAGGUGGAUGCCGUCAUCGCGGCGUCGAGAGUAUGCUGUGGUGAAGACGCUGGCAAGGCUGAGACCAGAAGAAUGUCAGCUGUCUUAUCUACCAGCGAAAAGGUCAAACAGGGACCAGGACCAGGACCCAGAGUCAGAAGGAGAAGAGUCCUGGACGACCAAUCAGGGUCUGUACCUGAGCAUCAGCGUCAUGUCAAUCCCCUGUCUGAGUCCACACACACCUCAAGGACUGGCUCCCAACACCAGUUUGGAAAAUGGCAGCGCAGCGUUGAUCGCAGUGGGAAACGCUUCCAGGUCAGAGUUCAUCAAACACCUGAAGAGAUACAGCGGCUCAAAUGGACAGUUCAGCUUCUCAUUCGUGGAGACACACACCGUGUCGGCGGUGAGGAUCCGCCCCCGCUCGAUGGCGAGCUGGUCGGAGGAGGAGAGCGAGGAAGAAGGCGAGUCCAAAAUCUCGCCGAUCAUCCAAUCAGAGGGCGCCUCCUUCCCCUGGAACAUCGAUGGAGAGCUGGUGGAGAUUGCUAACGAAGUGCUCAUCAGGGUCCACCCGCAGCUCAUCACUCUGUACGGCGAGAAGGUGGACGAGGCCGAGUCGACCAUCUCCUGCAACUGCAUCUGAGUCCAGCAGAGAGCGCUGCUGUGUGUGUGUGUGUGUGUUUGUUUGUUGGUUUCAUUCAACAAAUAGUGACAAAGCUUUUCAGCUUCCUGUUUACAAUAUUUACAUUAAAGCUGCAUUAAGUGACUUUAAAAAAAAUCCAUUACUGCAGUUUUAAUAAUUGGUAACUAGUAAGCUACAUUUAACUCCAAACUGCCUGUGCUUUAUAAACAUUUAUCACAUUUAGACCUGAUUGAUGAGAAUAAUUAUUUUAUUUUUUUUAUUCAAAUUCAUGUUUACAUUUUACUACAUUUUAAUUCCCUGCUCUUUUUAUGUGACUUUUAUCUCAUUUGACUGUUUUUUUAUAACAAUUUUUAUUUUGUUUUUCUCUUCUCCAGUUUCUGGUUCUGUUGCAAAUAUUUAUCUGUUAAAAUAAAUUAUAAUCAGGAGCUUAAUAAUAGUCUUAAUUGUAUCUGUAUUUGUUUAUAUGUUGUUGAUAGUCGAGCAGAACCAGACUGGACAAGCCCAAAGUGUCCAAAGUUUUAUAUUUAAAUAUAAUAGAGCUGUUUUUAUUCAGCUCUUUUUUUCUUGAGAUGAAGCAGAUGUUUUUUUGUUUCAGCUGUAAUCAUAGUGACAAAAAACAAGUACAAGUUGUUUAAAU